AUGAUUAAUGUUUCAAAAUCUUUUGUGAUAUAUCCUGGAUUAGAGGGUAGAGGGGUAAAUUUUGGUAUAAGGUGUCCUCAAAAUUUUUUGAUUUUCACUUAAAUUUAUGGUUAUCUUUGCACUAUUGAUUCCAGAGCAAGACUAUUAAUUACUCCAGAGCAACUUAAGUAAAUGAUUUUUAAAACAAAUAUACCAUUGAACUUUACAUUAAUGGCAUCACCCAAAUAAGAAGAUCAAAAAGUAAGCUCUAGAGAUAUAAAUGUGUCAUUUGUUUUUUAUAGCAAUGGUAUCUAAGGUCCCUAGAUUGAUUUACCCCCAUUAGUAAACAUGAGUAUGCAAUAAAAUACAGGUCAUAUACUACCCAGUUAUUAUCUUAGUUGCAUGAGAACUGGAUACUAAGCUAAAUAUCAAAUUGCUAAGGUUGAUUGGUUGAUAGAUCUCUCAAAUAUUUCUUGGGUUCUCAAUUCUGAAUAGAUUGAUAAUGCUAACUCCAAAUUGACUCAAACUCAAAUUUCUGAGUUAAGUAAAAAGUACUUUGAUAUGUUCUUCAAUUUAGCAGAUUUUGAUACCUUCGCUUUGCUUCAUCUUUCAUCAAGAGAUUAUAUUGAAAUAGGGGAAUCCAUAAAGAUAAAUAUAACAGUGACUCUUACUUCACCAGAAAUAGAGGAUUAACAGAAAGUAAUAGUUUUAUAAACAAAAUUACAAAAAAUUGCUACCGCUUUCGUUCUCUUUCUAUAAUCAAACAACAACUCUUUCUAAUAUAAUUAUGAUGAGACUCUAUAUCUUAAUGCAAGUGGAACAUAUGACCCAUAAGAUCCUGGAACAGUACUUGAUAUGAAACUUUUGCUAAAAUGA